GUCGAUUCUAACCGAGCCGGAAAAAGACUAUCUUGAUCGGUUAAGCUAAUAAGCUCCCGUUAAGCACAAUGACAGCGACAGACUCCCAGAUAACCAAACCCUCCGAGCCCUUCGAUAUUGUCGCUACAUACAAUGACUUGCUUCGGUCUGAUCCCGACCUGACGAUGCCAAUCGCUGCUAUCGAAGCCUUAGUUCUCCUCCUCACACAUUCUCCUUCAUCGACGAUAUCAGAAACACUUGACCUCCUAGAGAAGUCUACCACACAUUUGAAGAAGUCCAUCCCUAACCCCAUCGGUCUUUCCGCCGGAACCGAUCUUUUCCAACGCUACUUAAUCACAACUCUUCAAAGGCCAGGCCAGCUGGGGCCUGCAGGAGAUUUCAAUGCGAUUCGAGCACACCUCCUUUCCAACAGUCGGUUGUUCAUUCGACGUGCCAAGGAGAGCCGAGAUAAGAUUGCUGGUUUUGGGAGGGGCUUUGUCCGCGAUGGAAGCACCGUAUUGACAAACGGAGGGUCUAGAGUCGUCGCCUCGCUGUUACAGCAAGCCGCAGAUGAAAAGGGGGGCCCUUCUGCAGUGCGAUUCAACGUGAUAUACGUCCUUUCGUCGCCAAAGGGAGACAUUGAGAACCCCACGGCUGAGCCAGAGGGAAUGGAGACGGUACGUGCGCUUCGGGCAAAGGGCGUCCCUGUUGCUACGAUCCCGGAGUCUGCUGUGGCAUAUUCACUCGGCAAGGCAGAUGUGGUUAUUGUUGGUGCGGAGGGUGUUGUGGAAAAUGGCGGCAUAGUAUCGCGAAUGGGCACUUACCAAAUUGGACUCCUUGCAAAAGCCAUGGGGAAGCCAUUCUACGUUGUGGCGGAGAGCCACAAGUUCGUCCGUGUUUACCCGCUUGGGCAAUAUGACCUGCCCAUCGAACAGCACGUUAUCGACUUCAAGACGCAAGAAGAAGUUGACAACGCUAAGCAACAACGAGAGCCUGCAGACGCGUCGAAAUCCUCUGGUCUGAACACAGAAUUCGAUGCCGGAUCUGUGGAUUUCACACCACCCCAUUUAAUUUCUGCAUUGAUCACGGACAGCGGCGUCCUAACACCAAGCGCUGUCAGUGAAGAAUUGAUCAAGAUAUGGUUCUAAGUCCCUGGAUGCACAUAUCGAUAGUAUAGGCUGUUGCGGGCGCUGAUUAGAUGGUAUACAACCUACCGAUAUUCCGGGCUACAGUGUAUCCUAUCCCAUCUCAGGCUUUUCGCACGGACCGGCCCAAAGCAGCUCGCCUACUUCCUGUCGAAUGUUCUCAGUCGACAUGUAAAGU